AUGGUUGUCCCGACAGUCGGUUAUAACGUCGAUAAAUUUACUUCUUGCAAUAUGACGUUUUCUGCAUACGAUAUGUCUGGACAAGGUAAAUACCGCAAUUUAUGGGAGACGUAUUAUAAAGAAGUUGAAGGUGUAAUUUUUGUGGUGGAUAGUGGUGAUCGAUUGAGAAUGGCGGUGGCAAGGGAUGAACUUUGGUUGCUUCUUGAUCACAAGGAAAUGUCAUCGAGAAAGAUUCCGCUAUUGGUGUUUGCGAAUAAAAUGGAUGAAAAAGGAUCGAUGAAUGCAUCUGAGGUGAGUCAAUGCUUGGGGCUGGAUUUGGUACGUAACAGAAAUUGGCAUAUCUGUGCAUCGUGCGCGAUAACGGGACAAGGUCUUGUACAGGGAAUCGAAUGGUUGGCACAGAAUAUUCGAAUUUAUUUGGAUACGAGAAAAUAA